AUCUAUGAAUCCAACUCCGCACACGUCUUCUUUUUAUUAAACUAGCCACACGCGUUUCACGAAAUAUUUCUACUGAUGUCUCGACGCAGUACGUCCAUUACUAUUUUACUGGACUAAGACAUCAUUCAUUCAAUCUUCGUGUCCGGUUAAACACGUCUCGGUGCACGUUGAAGCUUCUCGGCCUAGUUUAGCUUCGCUCGCUAACAAAGAGACACGUUUGCAAGCAACACGUCGCCCAAUAGAGAUCACGUGUGAGCGUAAAGUGCGAUUGUGUGUGUGAAAAUGUGUGCAAGAAUGACAGUAGAGUACGAGGAGGAACUUUGUGGCCCAAAAGACGAGAAGGAGCCACAACGUCACCGACGGAACGAUUUUUUCACGAAGCCUCGAGUUGGAGUAAACAUACCAGAAAUCAGUGAAGAUCUUGGUCCUGGGCCGCAGGAGCCAGCGUCCCCCAAUAUUAAAGAGGAAGACGAGUCUGCCCACAAUCAAGAGGAAGAGGAGCUGGCACCCCCUUACCUGAAAGUGGAGGAAGAAGAGCCCUCCCACAUUAAAAAGAAAGAGGAGUCGGCACACACUCACAUAAAAAAGGAGGCAGGUGAAGAACCCCCCCGCAUCAAACGGGAGGAAGAAGAGCCCCCUGCCGUUAAAGAGGAAAUGGAGGAGGCAGAUAUCACCAAGUUGCCCUCGACUGCUGUCCCUUUGAAGAGUGAAGAUGAAGAGAAAUGUAAGGAGAACAAAGGGACUGAGCCUCCAAGCAACAGCAGCUCAAGUCAACAAAUGACAACAGAAGGUCAGGGACACAAUUGUGGAAGAUCACAAGCAGAUGGCCUCACAGCACCACUAUCAGACAGUGAAGACACAUCAUCACACUCUCCUCACACUGAUGAUGAUGAUGAACAGUCUGAAGGUUAUAUGACAUGUAACAUGGACAACAAAUGCUGGAAAUGUUCUCAGUGUGGAAAAACCUUUGCUUUAAAGAGUCGUUUGAAACGACACAUGAGAAUACACACCAGAGAGAAACCGUUUGCAUGCUCAUUUUGUGGUCAAAGAUUCUCUUGUAAAAGUCAUUUGACAGUACACACAAGAGCACACACUGGAGAGAAACCUUUUGUCUGCUCAAUUUGUGGUAAAAGAUUCACUUGUAAGAGUUCUUUGACAAUACACACAAGAGCGCACACUGGAGAAAAACCUUUUGCAUGCUCAGAUUGUGGUCAAAGAUUCUCUAGAAAGGGGAAUUUAAAAAAACACACAAGAGCGCACACUGGAGAGAAAUCUUUUGGCUGCUCAGAUUGUGGCGAAAGAUUCUUUACAAAACAAAAUUUAAAAACACACACAAGAAUACAUACUGGAGGGAAACCUUUUAUCUGCUCAGUUUGUGGUCAAAAAUUCUCUUUUAAAACACAUUUGACAACACACACAAGAGCACACACUGGAGAGAAACCUUUUGCUUGCACAGACUGUGGUCAACGAUUCUGUAGAAAGGGAGAUUUAACAAUACACACCAGGAUACACACUGGAGAGAAACCUUUUCCCUGCUUGAUUUGUGGACAAAGAUUUUCUCUGAAGGGAUACUUAACGAAACACACAAGAACACACACUGGAGACAAACCUUUUGCUUGCUCGGAUUGUGGUCAACGAUUCUCGAGAAAGGGAGAUUUGAAAAUACACUCAAGAACACACACUGGAGAAAAACCUUUUGCCUGCUCCGAUUGUGGUCAAAGAUUCUCUAGAAAGGGAGAUUUAAAAAAACACACAAGAACACACACUGGAGAGAAACCUUUUUCGUGCUCCGAUUGCAGUAAACAAUUUUCUAGAAAGGAGGAUUUAAAAAUACACACAAGAGCACACACUGGAGAGAAACCUUUUGCCUGCUUAGAUUGUGGUCAAAGAUUUUCUGUGAAGGGACGCUUAAAAACACACACAAUAACUCACGCUGGAGAUUAACCUUUUGCCUGAUUAGUUCGCGAUCAAAGAUUCUCUCUGAGUGGAAACCUAAUACACACGAACACACACUGGAAUGGACGCAGUUUGCCUGCUCAAUUUGCAGUCAGAGUCUUCUCAUAGAACUCAAUUGACAGUGCACUCUAAGACACAUGUGAAAAAACAAGAUUCUCUAGGCAAACUAAGGAAGACACACAAGAACACACAUGGUACAGAACGCUUUUACCUGCUCGGUUCGUCAACUAUGAUCACGACGCCCUCAUACUGGUCAUUGGAGACUUUAACCUUGCUCCUCUCUCUCAUCUACUAAUAGCCUCACAUUACAUGUACAGCAAGAAGGAAUAAAAGUUUGUGGUCAAAGAUUUGCUCUUAACGAUUCUACUGAGUGUUUGAUGUGUUGAGAGACACAAGUGUGCUUUUGAGAAAAGCAGUGAUCAAUGAAGCUGGAUGAAAAUGUAGCUGUUUAAAUCUCAGGGCGCUGAAUCGAUCACUGCUUGACUGUUCUAGAGAAGGUUUUGCCUCUCAGCAGGCUUCAUCCGUUUACACACCUUUACCCUCGGGCUAGAAGCUGUCUUAUCUUGCGAAUGUGCAUGUGCAAUGUCUUUGACGACAACCAGAACAGUCUCCUUGCGAUCGAGCCAAUGAAUGAGAAUAUUCAUAGCCAUAGAUGUAUAAUCAUAAAACUAAUGACUUUGACCCUGAUUUUGAACACUCUUGUAUCCUAUCUCAACUGUUACAUUUUGUAUGUCUUGUAUUCUAUGUACCUUAUCAAAAGCCUCUUGUGGAGAAGUACUGAGAAUUAGCACUCGUGCUGAAACACUUAAAGCAUUGAAUCUGCUUUGUCAAAUGCUUUUGUGAUGUGCAUAUGAAAUU